UCGGCAUACGAAUGUAGCUUCGACCUGUGCCAUACUACGCGACGUAAAUAAAUAAAAAAAACUAGGCAGUUUUGUUGUGAUCUUUUUUAAUUCGUAAUAAUAACAUUUUGGUAAUUUAAUAACUUUAGUGUUAAAUUAAAAAUGUCUCUUUUAAUAGUUUUACGGACUACUAUUCUGUUAUUGUGUUUGAAUAUUGUUUUUAUUGGAACAUCUAACGGAUUGUCUUUGCCGGAGAAAUCCUCGUACACUUGCGUGAUCGGCGCAGGGUACUCAGGGCUAGCGGUUUCGCGGUACCUCAAGCAGCACGGGGUCAACUUCACCGCUUUUGAGGCGGCGCGGGAAGUCGGCGGUGCCUGGCGGUUCGACCCCCACGUGGGCGUAGACGAAGAUGGCGUACCUGUUUUUACCAGCCAGUAUAAAUACUUGAGGGUGAACACUCCAAGACAGACAAUGGAAUUUGACGAGUUUCCAUUUCCUUCCACCACUCCGACCUACCCCGAUGGGCCGUGCUUCUACAAGUACCUCAAGUCAUUCGUCAAGCACUUCGAUUUGAUGACCAAUAUACAAGUCCGCAGUCUGGUGACGUCAGUGACGUGGGCGGGCGACCACUGGGACCUGACGUACUUUAGGACGGAAGACCACAACAACUACACCAUCCCUUGUGAUUAUGUCGUAAUCGCGAACGGCCAGUAUGUGCUUCCUGUAGUACCGAUGUUUCCGGGACUUGAGUCCUUUCAAGGAACAAUAUGCCACAGCCACGAUUAUAAAGCUCCAGAACCUUACACUGGCCGAAGAGUUCUCCUUGUUGGAGCUGGUGCUUCUGGUUUGGACCUGACAGUGCAGCUUCACAACAUAACGGCAAAGUUGGUGCAUAGCCAUCAUUUAAAAUACACGAAGCCAAAUUACUCCGAACGCUAUGUAAAGAAGCCCGAUAUUCAGGGCUUUGUGGAGAACGGAGUUGUCUUCAAAGACGGCAGCUUUGAAGAAGUUGACGAUGUCAUAUUUUGUACUGGUUAUGAAUAUUACCACCCGUUCCUGGACGAAAGCAGCGGUUUGACGAGGUCUGGAAAAUACGUGAUGCCGUUGUACCAGCACAUCGUGAAUAUGCGCCGUCCCACCAUGACCUUUAUCGGCGUUGUCAACCGCGUCAUAACUAAAGUUAUGGACGCUCAGGCGGCAUACAUUGCGUCGUUGAUAGCGGGUAAAUUCGAGCUACCCUCAGAACAAGAGAUGCUGGACGCGUGGUUCGACCACGCCUACAGGCAUAAGACUGCUAAGGAAAUCAACACUGUUGGACCAGAGAUGGAUCAAUAUUUCGCAAAGCUUUCAAAAGAAGCUGGUAUCACAAGAAACCCGCCAGUGUUGACUCACAUCAGAGACUUUAACGCUAAGAACCGAUUGGAAGAUCUGUUCAACUACAGAGAUUAUGAUUACGAAAUCAUUGAUUCUCGCAGUUAUAAACGGUGGUAUAACGGUGGGGGAAAAAGAGGAGAAGAGUGUCCUAUAGAGGCAAGUUAAUAUUGAAGAUAGCAAAACGUUAGCUGUCAUCGUCUCAAGAGAUACUCUUACAGCUGGAUAUAUAUAGAUAUUUUUAUAGGGAUUUCCACAUACCAUGAUAAAACGAAUCUUUCCGAAAAACCGAGGACGAUUUCCGAGGACUUUCUGUAUAUUGUUAUCAAAAUCUGAGGUUUGGUAAUGUUGGAAAGGAACUUAUAUGAGCACGCAAUUAAGAAAAGGACAGAUGGCUGAAAAUUCGGAAUGUUCUUCUAUCUUUAGUUUUUCAAUUACAUCUAGAAGUCAUUUUAUCGUCGUCUAGAAAAUUAAAAAAAUAAAUAAUGCAUAAAAUUUCUUAACUUAAUCAAAUUUACAUUUCAAAAAUUUGUGCUGCGCUUUUCACAGUCUAACGUUACGUUUAUUCGUAAAUAGUCUAAGAUAUCAUAAAUUAAUUUGUUAAAGUGUUGCUACAUUAUUAGAAGUAUUUUUUUAAAUUAUAUUGUAGUGUAAUUUAACUACUAUGGAACCGAUUAAAAAUUAAUGUUACAAGCUACUCUAUCACCGCGUUAUAUUUUUACUUAAAGCGUUUAAUAUAAACUCUUGGCUCUAUUUCUCUGUGGUGAAAUCGUAUCAAACUCUUAACUAUCCAAUUUGACAAGUGUGACGUCACGAGACGAGUUGCAUGCGUAGUUGCGAUAUAAAAUCAGUCUAGCGAUGUCGCAGAAUAAGAUCUCAACGCUAUCUGAUAGGCUGAGAUAAUACGCAUUUAAAGCGAGAAUGCCAUAAAUACGUUCAAUAAAAACCGUUGCGAUAAUUGCAAUGUGAUAAACUUAUACAAUCGACAAUUGACAGUUGAGCAAUCCCGAUCUGAAAACUAUUUAUCAACCUUAUAUUAUUUUAGAGCUGCCAAUAAAAUACAUUGCACGGCAAUUAUAACGUGUAACGAGUAUAAUUAUGUGACGGCCGAUUGGCGCAGUUUACAGCGACCCUGCUUUCUGAGUCCAAGGCCGUGGGUUCGAUUCCCACAACUGGAAAAUGUUUGUGUGAUGAGCUUG